AUGCCACCAGAGGAUUCAAUGACCUUCUCGGAUCUGGCGGGUUUGGGAAGCGUUUACAAAGGCACGGGUUACUACCUAGUUACAAUCAUUAAAGGCGUGGCAUCUGCCUUAUUCUUCCUCCACGAGGACUGGGAACAAGUGGUGAUUCACCGUGACAUCAAAGCCAGCAAUGUCUUAUUAGAUGCAGAUUACAAUGGGAGACUCGGAGAUUUCGGUUUAGCUCGGUUGUGCGGUCACGGUACAGAUCUUCAAACCACUCAUGUCGCUGGGACAUGGGGAUACCUAGCCCCCGAUCUAAUGAGGACAGGAAAGCCCACGACUGCUACCGAUGUUUUUGCAUUUGGGGUGCUCCUACUAGAAGUUGCGUGCGGUAGACAUCCUAUCGAUAUUGAUAACGAGAGUGGUGAGAGGGUCUUGCUUGUAGACUGGGUUUUUGGGCUUUGGAAUGAGGGAAACAUUUUGGAUGCUGCGGAUCCGAAUCUAGGGACAGAGUAUGAUCAAAGAGAGGUCGAAAUGGUUUUGAAGCUAGGGUUUUGGUGCUCUCACUUCAACCCUGAGGCUAGACCAACUAUGAGACAAGUAUUACAUUACAUAAGUGGAGAUUCAAUGUUACCAGAUUUCUCGCCUUUGGACUUGCGUGGGAGCGAGAUGAUGUUGGGAACCCACCACGGACUUAGCGAGAUAGGCAUGUUUACAGGUGGAUCUUCAAUGGUUGAUUCUGUACUCUCGGGUGGGAGGUGA